GCCCUAGUGUGUAUGCCCUCCUGGCACGAAGAUGAACAAGAAGCGAGAGAAGAAUGCGGAAGUAACGGUAUGCGGAGCAGAGAUGGCACUGCCACGCCCCUGACCUUCUGCCAUUGCAUUCCAGCAAACAAGGCGCAAGCCAGCCAGCGAUGUCCUCACGGCCGGUUGUAGAAGAGAGCACUCCGUACAUUGGUCCAGCUGCAUCCAAUUCCACCCCAUGCUCCAUUUCCCGGCACCGCAGCUCACCUGACUUUGGCAGUGCAAAAGCACACACUGUACCCGACACACAGCACAACACCAGCACCAGCACCAGCGCCAGUAGAACCUCACUUCCUCCCAGGCAGCGGGCACCCGCAACAAGGACACCCAAGCCAGGAGGACUCACGAUGACACUUCCAUCGACAGCGGCGAAAGCCCUGCCACGGGCUGUCCCAACCCCUGCCGCUCCCAGCACACGCUCAACAACAACCCCACCAACAGCAGCAACAACAACAGCGCUGUCGACAACAACCAAGCCAUCAGUUGCGACAUCGUGCAACGAACCCGCAAAGGAGGAAGCCGUGGAUCAACACCAAGCGAUUCCUGCCGCAACCAUGGCCAUCCUCUCGGACACGGGCUUGUCGACAAAGGAGCGGUUGGAAGCCCUCAACCAUCGCAUGAACGUGCUUCGGCAGCAGUACAGGGCAGCAAUGAACGCCAAGAGAGCCACGUCGCACAGCGAGGCCGGAUCGUCCGCCAUCAGCACUCACCCAGCCAAGAAGGCAAAACGGGAGCGCCCUCGUCUGGCGCCCAGGGAUAUCAACACCAUGCACGAGCAGACCCUCGCGAGAAUCAGUCUUCGAAUUCAGGCGCAUAUGCCGGAGACCUCUCCGUUGUUCUUCAACCCUGGUCCUCUCACGCGGGCAAGGCGGCGCACGGGAGGAGCCCCACCCAGGCCGGCCAAACGCACCACACGAACCUCGCGAGGGCGAAAGCCAAAAGCUGCCACCCGCAACAUGGAGUCAACACAACCAACACCAGCGAUAAUGACGACCACUAAGCAAUCUACACCUCUGUCAAAGACACAGUCCCUUGACCCGCACGAGGACAGCACAGCAACCGCAAUAACAACAGCAGCACAUGCAGGGACAGCGGCAGCAGCGGCAGCAGCAGCCACUGGCACUCAUCGCGUUCCCGUGUUUGCUGAUCCACCCCGCAAGCGCACCAACAGCACAGAGAGCAACGCCACCGACACAAGGCCGCCACGCACAGCGAAGAUCGCAUCCCUUGAUACAAAGACUCAUAGCAGCAGCAGCAGCAGUAGGGUGGCGGGGCUGCCACUGAAGAAGAAGAAGAGCAGCAAGAGCGCGAAGGCAAAACCAAAGCGCGCAGCGUCUGGUGGCAAGGAAAAGGCUGUCAAGGCACCUGCAUCCCCCUCGUCUUCAUCAUCUGGCGAAGAGGAGCAGGAGCAAUCCCUGUUCCACUGCCCAUGGCCCAACUGCCACAAGACGUUCCGUCGCAUCAAAUCCCGCUCUGCGCAUCUCAAGUGGCACGGCGGCGACUACAAGAGCUCCACCACUGCCAAGAGACGGCCAAUCGCGGAUGCCACCACUACACUGACUGUGACAUCAACACCAGGCCAAGCAUCAGCAGGGCAAGGCCCUGUUGUGGAGCAAGAGAUGCACCCAGGGGACGUGUUUGUGUUUAAUGAAAGGUGCAAGGAGAAGCAGUUGCGUGGCCACGCGUGCUCGUUUGUCAAGCACGCGCACGACGAAGGGGCACGGGUGGCAGUGAUGCACGUGCAUCACACGGUGCCUCUGCAGAUUGUUCACGUCAAGGACUUGUCCAUUCUCACGCGCCGCGGCCACGAUGACGCUGCUAGCGACACGGGAUCCGACCUCGACAGCCCACAGCCCAGUCCCAUGACGUUUACUAAGGGGCAGACGGUGCUGCAACGGCGCACGCAGGGCGACGGCUGCGUGUUCUACGAGCGUGGCAUCAUCAAGAGCACAAGCAAGACAGACGGGGAGUUUGAAGUGCGGUCAUUGCACUCGAAGGAGGAGAGCAGCGUGGCUGCAGAGGCCUUGCUUCCAGACACGACGGUGUCGCAUUCGGAGCUCACGCUUGGGCUGCGCGUUGUCAGUGUCGUGGACGAUAACGAACAUCUCCUUUGGCCGGGCACCGUGCACCGCAUUGAGCCCACGCGCGCACGCGUCAACUUUGACUCCAAGCCGCUACGAUGGCGGAAGGCGAGCGCGCUGCGGCUUGCAGCGCGCCACAGCUUCCGCUGAAAACACUGCUAUCCACCGCCAAAGAUUUAUGUGCGAAACGUAUAUUGUAAUGGACGAACCCAAUAAAUGCGCACCCCCACA